AUGUCUUCAAAAGAAUUGAAAAAGUUAUUGAAAGGUCUUCCGAAAUUAAAAACACCAUCCAAAAAAUUACCCUUCGCAUCAUCAAGUAAUAAUAAAUUUAAUUUAUCGGAAUCUUCUAAAACAAAAGCUACUGUCGGUCAUAUCAGAGUUUCAGACAAAUUAAAGGAUUGUAUCUUUGAUUCAAUCAAAAUACGGAAUUUAACAAGGGAUAUAUUGAAAUUUACACCACAUAAAGAUUAUGGGGUGACAGUAUUAUUUUGUGGAAAUAAGUAUAUUACAUCUUUGAAUGAAAAGGAUAGAAAGAAGAAAGGCCCAACAGAUAUUCUCUCAUAUCCUGUUUAUUCUCCAGAUUUGGAUCAUAAUUUUGCAUUGAUGGAGAAGGAUGCUGCUUUUAAUGAUGAUUUGGCAAAAUUACUAGCUGAUGAACAUAAAAUCUUAAUGGAAGAGGAAAAGUUUUUAGGAGAUAUGGUCAUUUCUCAACCUUACAUUGUUGAUUAUUGUAAGGAAAAUAAUAUUUCAUUGGAUCAUCAUAUGGCUCUUUUAUUGACUCAUGGAAUUUUACACUUGAUGGGCUAUGAUCAUGAAACUGAUUCAGAUUAUGCAAUUAUGAAAGAAAAGGAAGACGAAAUAUUGAGUGGUUUAGAAAAGAAGUAUGGCAAAGAAGAAUGGAGUAAACUUAAAGUAACAAAAAGCUAA